UCGUUAGAACUCUUUUUGCCCAAAUCCCAUCGCCCCCCCCCCCCCAACUCUCUCUGGAACCCCCGCGAUUUUUCUCCCUCCUCCUCUCUCUCUCUCCUCUCCAGGCGUCCGAAUUAGGGUUCUCAAUUGAAGUUUUUCGAUCUGAAUUCCUCGAAUUUCAGCUGCUUUGUUGGUUCUGCGACGGCGUGUUGAUUUUCAGGCAAGUGCAUGUGCUUUAAGUGCUGGAUAAAGCAAAUUGGAGGAAUGUCCGACUUGUGUAUGUAUGAGCUUGACGAUAAUGUUUGGGAUGAAUUUGAUCAGACUGGUGAUCAUAUAGUACCUCACCCUGGUAACGACCACAAGAAUGAACCUUCAUUUCUGGGUGAUGGCUGUAAGAAAGCUCGACGUGAAGUGAUUGGCGAUUCAAUUAAUGCUGGUGACUGGUGUACUGCAAAGUACAUUACUCAGGGCAAGGGGGAAGGAGUGUGUAAACCCCUGAAGAACAUGUUGGGAAAGGAUUCAUGGUCUCUUACCCCUGAAGGAGUGUUUUCAGCUCCAUGUGAUAGCAACUUGAACAAAGAAGCAGCAGGCUUAGAUGAUACAAUUGGUACUGAUUUUUGUCCUGUCGAUACUAUCAUUGGUGAGAGGGGUGCUGCGGAUGAUAGUAACUCCUAUCCUCAGUAUCCUCUUGGUGACAUUUCUCAAAGUGACAAUGAUCUCAGUUUUUUUGACAAUGAAUGGCCCGAUAUUGGAAACUUUGAGGAUGUUGACAGGAUGUUUAGAAGUUGUGAUUCGACAUUUGGGCUUGGGAGCGUUGGCAAUGAAGAUGACUUGAGUUGGUUUUCAUCAGGACAAACUGUUGAAGGAUCAGAGGAUAUGUUAAAGUCAGAGGCCGAGUUUUCUUGUCUCGAAUCAAUUCCAUUUAAAAACUUACCAGAACAACAUGGACCAUCUAAACUGAACAAUGCAAGUUCUUCAGUCAACAGUUCCAACAUGGACAGUGCAUCUAUCAGCUGCAAAUCUAGUUUCCGGGCAUCGAAAGGUGGUGAGCCUGAUGCUCUUGGUCACUUCACCGUCAUGAAUGGAUCUAGUGCAGUUUCUGAAAGCAAGUAUGGGUUUGCACCUAAAGAGCAGAUCAAUUUUCAGAAGAAGCAGGCAAAGCACCGUAAGCAAUCUGAAGGAAAGAGAAAGGACCGAUGGUUAGAAAAUGGUGUUUCGUCACAGCAUACUGGAAAUCUACAGUUUAAUGGCACGAAGCUUCCUUCUGAUAACUUGCCUCAUCAAGUUUACACGUCUCCAGACAUUCAGAAACAAAAGAAAAACAUACGGCCUGAUUACUUUGGUUACUUGCAGACCCAUAUUCCUUACGUGCAUUUGGAUUACAUGCAUCCUACAAAACAAAAACCAGUCAGUUCAAUGAGUAAUGGUCUCACCUCUCCUUCUCCAAAGGGAUCAUCUUAUGCAUCCAAUCGAGUACAAUCUAUGGGGAGCGCUCAUGAUCGUUCAUUUGAGUCUCCUUCCAUGACAGCAGAUGUCAAGAAGGAGAAACUGCAAUGCAGACAAGGAUUUCAUUCCUCAUUUAGAAGCAAGACAAAGGAUGUGGAUAUGACGGUUCAGACUGCAUCAUGUGAUCCAAUUUCAGUCCCAAAGCAAGUCCAUCAUUUGCAUAAUGCUCGUGAAAAUCACAAUGAAGUUGAAAGAAGUCCAGCAGAUUUAGAUUCUUGCAAUGUACAGGAAAGCUCUUGCAGGAGCUCUGGUUUGGAUGAUAUCUCACUGGAAGCAUCUUGUUUUCGUCAGCUUCAACAAGUUGUAGAACAGCUGGAUACAAGAACAAAAUUGCAAAUAAGGGACAGUCUGUACCGCUUGGCUAGGAGCGCCGAACAAAGAAAUCGCAAUGCAAGUUUAAAAGGUGGCAGCAUAGAUGAUAGAGAUGCCAGUGGAGCAUUUAUGGCUGAAGAAACAAAUAAGUACAGUAGAUUUAUGGACAUGGAAACUGAUACAAAUCCUAUCGAUCGGUCUAUAGCGCACUUGCUGUUUCACCGGCCCUCAGUCUCAUCAAUGGUGCCACCUCAUGAUGGUUCAUCUUUGAAUUCACAGACAGUGAACCAUGGGUCUAUCGCCCUUCCGCUUGUGAUGUCGGAGAAACUAGUUUGUCAAGAAGAAACUCCGAGUGAAGCAGAUAAAAAAGAAGCCGAUCCCCGAAGAUGACCAAUGAAAUUGUUAGCUUCGGCACGAUUGAGAUUUAAUAUGUUCACUAUGGUUACUAUGCUAUCAUCAUCAUGUAUAAACAUACAUUCGAGAGGCUCCCAUAGGAACGUCAGGUAUGAUACCAUGUUUAAUAUGUCAAUCUGUAAUUAGUUUUAGUUUGUAUCAAUAGGUAUCCUUGCAAUAGUCUCCAUGAUAAGCAAUUAAUGUGCUUAUCUUCCAAACAUCACUUUGAGAUUGUGAUGCAUAUAAUUUUGCGCUUGUUAAUUAUGCUAACCAUUUGGAACCAUGAGUUAUACAGUGAUUCAAGUCGCUUGAUGUAA